UUUCCUGUACUAAUUAAACUACUGAGCCAAGUUAAUCUAUUUCUGCUUGCUAUCGCCUAUAUCGCCUAUAUACAACUGCAUAUAUAAGAGAAUCAUGAAGAUCCCGUGCAGCAGCUUCCAGGAAGGAGAAGAGAAAGCCAUCACUGAACCGAAGAAAAAGAAACGAAACUGCAACUUACAACAUAUGGCUAACAGUUGAAGCAAGAAACUCACCAGCAAUUAUUUUUUCUUUUGCUUUCUUGCGAUCCGUACCUCACCACUGUUUGGCCUCCUCCUCAUUCCUCGGUUGUUAAAUAGCCCUACUCACACUCCCAUAUUCUUCAUCUCUCAAGUUUCAUAAGUUGGAAACCGAUGGCCACAGUACUAGAUCACCAUCACAUGAAUAAUGCAGCAGUUGAGUUCGUGGACUACUUCCCGUCCAUGAUCCUGCGUCUCGGAGAAGAAGCGUUCCUCGCCGAGCUGUGCAGCGGGUUUCGGAUGCUGAUGGACGCGGAGAAAGGGCUGAUCACGUUCGAAAGCUUGAAGCGGAACAGCCUGUUGCUGGGGAUUCAUGACAUGGGGGACGAUGAGCUUGUGUGGAUGUUGAUGGAAGGUGAUCUCGAUGGAGACGGGGCUCUCAGCCAGUUGGAGUUUUGCAUUCUUAUGUUUAGGUUAAGUCCAGACAUCCUUCAACUUAGCAGAUGGCUUGUUAUGUCGAUCCAUUGGCUAUGGCUCUUGAGAAAUCGGAUCCGAAAAAAAUAA